GACAAAGUUUACACUACAUCUCUCUCAAAAUUCAAAGCACAAAGCUCAAGUGAACCUUCAUCUCUUCGAUUUGUCUUUCAAAGUUCAAGUUCAACCUUAUUAUCAUCUCCUCCUGCAUCAUCACAUCAAGGGAAAUUUGAAAAUGGAUAAGACUUGGAUGCGUUGUACUGACACAUCGAGUGAUGUUUAUUUAAAAGGAGUUGAUAAUUUUCUUCAAUUUGCCUUUCAAAACUCCGAAGUAGAAGGUGAAAUUCCUUGUCCUUGUACACAAUGCAAUAAUGUUUCCAACGGGUCUAGAGAUGAAGUGAAGGAACAUUUAAUACUUUUUGGGAUAGUCAAAGGAUACACACGUUGGCUUCAACAUGGAGAAUUUGCACCAAAAAAGAAAAUCAUUAAUCAGGAUGCAGAAGGAAAAGAGCAAGGCGAACCAUCUCAAAAGAAACGAAAAGAGCGAGAUGACGAUAUGUUUGAAAUGAUUUAUGAUGCUGCUGGUCCCGAAAUAAUGGAUGAUUCUAGUGGAGUAAAGUUUCAACAAGGUGAUGCUUCAGAACCUACUUCCAAAUUUUUCAAAUUAUUGGAAGAUGCUUCACAACAACUUUAUCCAGGUUGUGAUACAUUCUCUAAGUUAUCACUGAUUGUGGAAUUGUUCCAAAUCAAAUGCCUUCAUGGUUUGAGUGAUAAAGCAACCGAUAGCAUAUUGAAAUUGAUCAAACGAGCACUUCCUUCUGGUGAAACUUUACCAGAGUCAUUCUAUGGAGCAAAAAAAAUGAUUCAAAAUUUAGGUCUUCGGUAUGAAAAGAUACAUGCUUGCGAGAAUGAUUGUAUGUUAUUUUGGAAAAAAAAUGCAAAAGCUGAAUCUUGCUUGGUUUGUGGGGAGUCUAGGUGGAAGUCAGUGGAAGGCCAAACAACUGAUGGAGCUAUUCAAGGAAAGAAUGAGAACAAAGUUCCUCGAAAAGUGUUACGUUACUUUCCCUUGAAACCAAGAUUGCAGAGGUUGUUUGUGUCAUCAGAAAUUGCUUCAGACAUGAUGAUUUUGUAUACCAAGAAGAAGGAAUGCAUUUGUUAA